CACAGAUGAAAAGAGAUGACUUGUGCCCCAAGGAACUUGCAAACAGAAUCACACGCUGGCGUGCUCAGGUGCCCGGCUCAGCGUGCCUUCUAUGCCUCAGCUCUGAUGAGGAGAGCCUCAGAUGAACAGAAACAGGAGCUGCCACCAUCUUCCUCGCAGCAACGUUAUGAAUCACACCCACCAGGUGACCGGCCUGACCAGGAGCCCCAGCGCUCCCACCACAGUUACACUGACCAGGGUGGUGAGGAAUCGGAGGACUAUGAAAGUGAAGAACAGCUGCAGCAGCGAAUCCUGACAGCAGCGCUGAAGUUUGUGCCUGCUCACGGUUGGACAGCAGAUGCUAUUGCAGAGGGAGCAAAGUCACUGGGCCUCUCUGUUGCUGCAGCAGGGAUGUUUCACACUGAUGGCAGUGAGCUGAUCCUGCAUUUUGUGUCCCAGUGCAACUCUGAGCUCUCUAAUCUGCUGGAACAACAGCAAAAACUGGUGCAGCUGGGCCAGGCAGAGAAGAAGAAGACAGAUCAGUUCCUGAGAGAUGCUGUGGAAGCCAGACUGAGGAUGCUGAUUCCGUACAUUGAGAAAUGGCCCCAGGCUGUAAGCAUUCUGCUGCUUCCACACAACAUCCCUGCCAGCCUAAACCUCCUCACUAGUAUGGUAGAUGAUAUGUGGCACUAUGCAGGAGACCAGUCCACUGAUAUUAAUUGGUACACUCGUCGGGCAGUGCUGGCCGGCAUCUACAACACCACGGAGCUGGUGAUGAUGCAGGACUCGUCAUCUGACUUUGAAGAGACUUGGCAUUUCCUAGAAAACAGAAUAGCUGAUGCCAUGACGAUGGGCCAUACAGCUAAGCAGGUACAGUCAACAGGAGAAGCACUCGUCCAGGGCCUAAUGGGAGCUGCAGUCACUGUAAAGAACCUGGCAGGAUUAAACCAGAGGCGAUGAAGAGGAUGGGAGGUAGCUGAGAGGCUGGGCGAUGCCUUUUGCCUGUAAGAAGAUGGAAGGCAAAAUCCCAGUGGGCCCAAGAACACAGAGCCAUUCACAGCAGUGACCCACUGCAGCACUGUUAGAAAUGCCCCCUGUGCAGAAGCUGGUUGGGCAGCAUAGCACAGGCCUCUCUAGGCUUCCUGUGUGUGCUCCCCUCUGAUUAGACUUUCCUAUGACCCCCCCAUGUAAUAACACUGAUUAGCUCAUUAGACAAUUGUGACUAAAGGUUGAUUGAACUGAAUUAA